AUGAACUCUGAUAUUGAGAACUUCGUACAGCGCUGUGAGAUUUGUAGUGCACUUCAGCCAGAUCAACAAAGCGAACCAAUGAUUUCACAUGAUAUACCAAAGAGACCUUGGGAACGAGUUGGUUGUGAUUUAUUCGAGUUUGAUGGAAAUGACUAUCUGAUUUGUGCAGACUACUUCUCUGAUUUUGUCGAGAUAGACAGACUUCAUGACAAGACUGGAAAGGAGGUUAUAAACAAAUUGAAAGGACAAAUAGCACCUCACGGCAUUCCUGAUGUCAUCAUCACAGAUAAUGGUCCACCAUUCAACAGUUGA